CCAAGAGGAGGAGAAAGAAGCCCAACGGCUCCUCCCCGCCUCACCCGCGCGCCCGGAAGUCUCGCUCGGGCCAGGCCCGCGAGGCAGCGGAAGUGACGUCGUGGCGAUAUAUGGGCGCAUGUUAUGGCGGAACCCGUGAGGCAGAGAUGAGCUAUUUUUUCUGGAAGAAUAACAGGAUUUCCCCAUAUUGAUUUUUGUACAUUGACAUUAGUAAUUCGGAGCUUGAAGUGGAUUGACAGAAAAAAUGAAGAGUGGAGUAACACAGAUAAAUUCUGGUUCUAGUUAUGAAAGGAAGGAAGAUUACAAUCUUCGCCGGAGAAGUUCCUCUCCAGAAGACAGGCACAUGGAACGUCAAAGGUCUCAGUCACCGCAAGGCAGAAGUCAUUCAGAUUACAGGAGAUCUGACCAAAAACAUUCCGAAAGGGGACGUUAUGGAGACAAAUACAGUGAGUCAAGUGGGAGAGAGAGGCAUGAAAGAGAGAGGGAGUCUGACUGGAGAAAGUACCGAAGAUCCCCUUCGCCCGACAGAAGAAAUGCGGCUGAGAGAGCAACACCACAGAGCUCUCUUUCUCAUGAGGAACCCCCUCCAAAGAAGAAGAAAGAGGAUGUGGAUCCAAUUCUCACCCGCACUGGGGGUGCCUACAUUCCUCCAGCCAAGCUUCGGAUGAUGCAAGCACAAAUCACUGAUAAAAAUAGUUUAGCAUAUCAAAGGAUGAGUUGGGAAGCGCUGAAGAAAUCCAUCAAUGGUCUCGUCAACAAGGUGAACGUUUCAAAUAUUGAGAAUAUUAUCCAUGAGCUUCUUCAGGAAAAUAUUGUCAGAGGGAGGGGAUUGCUUUCAAGAUCUAUUUUGCAAGCCCAGAGUGCUUCACCUAUCUUCACUCAUGUUUAUGCAGCGGUUGUAGCAAUCAUCAAUUCAAAGUUUCCAAAUAUCGGAGAACUGAUUCUCAAGAGGCUCAUUUUAAAUUUUCGCAAAGGAUAUAGAAGAAAUGAUAAGCAACUUUGCCUGACAGCUUCCAAGUUUGUGGCACAUCUUAUGAAUCAGAAUGUGGCUCACGAGGUUUUAUGCUUGGAAAUGCUCACAUUGCUUUUGGAGAGACCGACAGAUGACAGCAUUGAAGUAGCAAUCGGCUUCCUAAAGGAAUGUGGCCUCAAAUUGACUGAAGUGUCUCCUAGGGGUGUUAACGCUAUCUUUGACCGCCUUCGUCAUGUCCUGCAUGAAUCUGAAACCGACAAGCGCGUUCAGUACAUGAUUGAAGUCAUGUUUGCUGUGCGUAAAGACGGGUUCAAAGAUCACCCGAUAAUUCCAGAUGGACUGGAUCUUGUGGAAGAAGAGGAUCAGUUUACCCAUAUGCUGCCUUUGGAAGAUGACUAUAAUCCAGAAGAUGUUCUUAAUGUGUUCAAGAUGGAUCCAGAUUUUAUGGAGAAUGAAGAGAAGUACCAAACUCUGAAGAAAGAAAUUCUUGACGAAGGUGACAGUGACUCAGAAAGUGGUCAGGAUGCUGCAAGCAGUGAAGAGGAGGAGGAAGAGGAUGAUGAUAAGGAGGAGGAGGACGAAGAAGGGCAAAAAGUGACUAUCCAUGAUAAAACGGAAAUCAACUUGGUCUCCUUCCGACGAACCAUUUACCUAGCAAUUCAGUCAAGUUUAGACUUUGAAGAAUGUGCUCAUAAAUUGCUGAAGAUGGAUUUUCCUGAAAGCCAGACAAAAGAAUUGUGCAACAUGAUCCUUGACUGUUGCGCUCAGCAGAGAACAUACGAGAAAUUCUUUGGUUUACUGGCUGGGCGCUUCUGUAUGUUGAAAAAAGAAUACAUGGAAGCAUUUGAAGCCAUUUUCAAAGAGCAGUAUGACACAAUACACCGGCUGGAAACAAACAAGUUGAGGAACGUUGCCAAGAUGUUUGCGCAUCUUUUAUAUACAGAUUCGCUUCCGUGGAGUGUUCUUGAAUGCAUAACGCUAAGCGAAGAAACUACAACGUCCUCCAGUAGGAUUUUUGUUAAAAUCUUCUUCCAGGGACUCAGUGAAUACAUGGGACUUCCUAAUCUUAAUGCAAGAUUGAAAGAUGAAACUCUGCAGCCAUUCUUUGAAGGUUUGCUACCUCGGGAUAACCCAAGAAAUACUAGAUUCGCCAUCAAUUUCUUCACUUCGAUUGGUCUUGGAGGACUGACCGAUGAGCUACGUGAACAUCUGAAGAAUGCACCAAAAAUUAUCAUGACGCAGAAGCAAGAUGUGGAGUCCUCAGAUUCGUCUUCAUCUUCAGAAUCUGAUUCGUCCGGUUCAGAGGAUGACAGUAGCGACAGCAGCAGCAGCAGCAGUUCAGAGUCCUCCAGUGAAAGUGAAUCAUCAUCUGACAGUGAGCGCAGCAGUGACUCUGACGUGAGAAAGCGGAAAUCACAGAAGAAGAAAGCAUCGGACAGAGACGCCAAGAGAAAGCAAGGAAGUCGAAAGAAACAGCUUGACAGGAAAAAAGAGAAGAGGCAGCCUGAGAGGGAAAACGGUGCUGAGAGGAAUGCUGACAAGAAUUCAAGAGACUUAAGUCGGAGAGAUGAUGCAUCACAGAAACUCUCCCAUGACAGAGAUUAUUCCGCUGACAGGAACACCUACAGCGGUGGAAAGGACAGGGAUCAGGAAAGAAAUACGCCUUCGGAAAGCAAAAGUACCCAAUCUAAGAAGAAGAGGGCCGAAAGGCAGAAUUCUUUUUCUGAUAACGAAGGGAGGGACAGUCGCCGUGAUAGGGAUGGUGAACUCCACAGACGGAGGAAAGACAGAUCAAAGUCUAGAGAGAGACCCCGUAACUAUCCCAAUCCCAGGAUGGAUGAGCCCAGGCAAUAUCCGGACCAAUUUAAAGAGUCAAGGAGAGACGAGGGCAGGCGAAAGCACAGGGGCGAUUCCCCACAUAGGCGCAAAUGACUCUAGUAGACUGCUUUUGAAAUGCAAAUUCUGUCUUGUGGUGAAAGCAGUAUUUUUUGCAACAUACGGAACAUCUUUAAAGGACUUUUUGUACAAAGUACUUGUAAACAUCAUUGGAAUUUUGAAUGUUUCCAGUAACCCAUCUUUUUAUGAUCGCUGCUUACAGGUUUUUGACUCCAGGAGCAAUCAAAUGUAGUUUAUUUUGAUAAUAAAACAGUCAAGCAGUUUGUUUUACUGAAAUAUUAGUGCUUUACAAACUUGUUUCUAAAUUUUAUUUAUGUUCUUUAAAAGUGCUACACAUUCCUUAGUUUUCGUUCUUUAGGUGAUUUUCCAAUUAUGAUACAGACGUUAAAAGGUUUCACGUCAGAAAUAACAAAUCCCCUGUAUGUGUUUGUACUGCAGAACAACAUUGAUAGUGGUUUUUUAUUUGUUUUGAUGAGAAAACUGCAACCUGUUGCUUAGAAUUUAGACAUUACAGAACUCAGUUGUGUGUGUUUACACCUGAUAAUCCCACAUUGUUCACAUUCAGAGCUUCAAAAAAGUUCAGAAAACUAAUGUGAGGCUUUGGUUUCAUCAGAUCUGGAGGAACUAAGCAUCAACUAUGUUAAAAAUCUGAUAAUGGAUCAAGUUCUGCUCUUGGGAAUGCAGUUGAAUAUAGAUGACAAUUUUUAAAAGCCGGCCUACACAGCUGAUAACAUUUUAUUUUAUUUUUCUUUAGAUUUUAAAAACUUGUAGUUCAGUAAGUGCCAAUACCAGAGUUCUCUUCUAGUUGAAACAGAACAGUAUCUUAGAUGUUUUCAGCAUAUUUGGGGCAAGAUUGGAUAUGUCAUUUGAAUUAGGACUAAAAUAACCAAAGAUU